ACAACGUCUCAACGUCUCUCAGCUUACAAUAAACACUGCGAUUGUUUAUAUGCACAGGUUUUAUAUGUACCAUUCUUUCACCAAAUUCAAUAGAAACCCCUGAUGGAGUAAAAUGUUUGCAGGCUGUAGAGGAGGAAAUAUGAAUGGAGUUAGUGGAUUUCACCAGAACUUUGGAAGAGUGUUGGGUAUUAGUUGCACUGGAGGAGGAUGAGAAUUGAGCCCUAUUUAGAGGGAACAGAAAGACUUCUGUGAGGAGUGUGGAUAAUAGCACCUACUGCAUUAUUUUUGGCUGCAAAAGUGGAAGAACAGGCUCGAAAACUUGAACAUGUUAUCAAAGUAGCACAUGCUUGUCUUCAUCCUCUAGAGCCACUGCUGGAUACUAAGUGCGAUGCUUAUCUUCAGCAAACUCAAGAACUGGUUUUACUUGAAACCAUAAUGCUACAAACCCUAGGUUUUGAGAUCACCAUUGAGCACCCACACACAGAUGUGGUGAAAUGUACCCAGUUAGUAAGAGGUAAGUGAUCUUUGAAACUUUUUAAAUGAGUACAGUAUUAAUGAUUUUUAUUGUCUAUAAUUGAUUUGGAUGUUAUUUUGUUCAUAUCUCCUUUCCUUGAAUUUUAUUAAAAUUGGGAAAAUGACAUUUUGAAGCAUUACUUUUUAGUGCUCUGUAUCUACCUACUCAUCUAUUUCUAUUGGUUCUACCAGUCAAAUUAGCUUUCCUUUACACUUCAGUGAGUCUCAUUUCACUGACAAAUUGGAGGGCUUCCAAAUAUCAGGACUGUCUACCUCCCCAUUGAGCUAUGCCUGUCCUAUUUCAGUUAAUAUUUAAGAUGUAAGCCAUUAGCACCUGGGUAUAAAAAAAAUAGUAUUAAUUUUUUAUUUAUGUCCAACUUUUGUUGACUUCUUGAAAAGAUUAUAGUAUAAGAAUUUGGAGGUUAGCCUGAAGUUUUUUCUAUAAAUAAUUGCCUUUCUUAGCAGAUUUGUAAUUUUUUGAAAUGUUUUGCCAUUGUUUGAACAAAACUGAUUUAAUACAUUUUUCACAGUUCUUUAGUAUUUCUAAAAAUGGUUUCCCUUUUGUGUAUGAGGAAAUAAUUAUAUACUAUGAUACCUAGCAUGUGAUGUGGCUGUUAAACCUUUUAUAAACAGGAGUAGGGGAACUCUUAAUUUUUUUUUUGUUUUCUGCUUAUAAAACAUGUGAUAUACAUUUUUCUACUCUUGUUAAUGAAUCCUAUAUAGCUCUUACAUUCCUAGAAAUAUUUUUUACACAGUUGCAUGUUUUUGUACUACUUCAACAUUCCUGUUUCCCAUUAGAAGUGUUAUGUACUAAUCGCAACCACUUAGAAUCUUUAGAGUUCUUUUUUCUAUUAUUUCCUUUUUGAUGAUUGAAUGUUGCCAUUUCAUUCUUUUACCACCAGACUUUUUUAGGACUGUUCUAAACAAAAUGUGUAAGAUUUAUGAAGACCUUGUUUUGUUUUUUAGUGUUUUACCUAAAUAUUCUCAGUUUAUUCAUUCUAAAUUGAAUUCAUUUUAUACUCAGGUAGGAUUUUAUUAUGUUAUCUGACACCACAAUGUUUUUAAGAAAACCGGUCCUCUAAAAAUGACAUUUACAUAUUUUUUAUCCUAAUACCACAUAUUAUCACUUGUAAACUGGAACAUAAUUAUGGUUCCUGUUCUUUGUGGUUAUAUGAAUAUAGCACAUUCUCAUCCCCAGUAUUAUAGUGUGGUAUAGAUUUAUAUAGAUAAUUAAUGUAUAAUUGAAUUAAGAAUAAAAAGGCUGAGUAGUAGUUCUGUUUUCCUGAAAAUUUGAAAGGGUAAACUUUUAUCAGAAUUGGAAAGCCAUAUCAUUUGUUUCAAAUUGAGCCUAAUGAAGGAAGAUAUUAAUACAGGUUAAAAUAAUACUUUAGUAGGAAUUGAAACUGGAUUUUCAGCUUAGUGUUAUUGUGAAGUUUUAGUCAGCUUUUUAAAACUUCUUUGUCAAAGUUUAUUUUUUGUACAUGUUCUCCUGUAUCUAAAGAAGCUAGAGACAUGUAAAGAACAUUCAUUCGCAAAAUUGAAUAGUAGAUUUUAAAACAUUUACAAAAAAUACAAAUUUGAUAUAUCAUCCAACGCAAAAUAUUUAAAUAUGAUUUUCUGUUGUUAAUGUUUAAAAUAUACUGAUUCUUAAAUUUUAGUACAAAUCUUACAUAUGUUUAACCUCCUUUUGUCUGACUAGUAUUUCAAGUAACUGGAUUGUAUCUCACUCUAUUUAAGAAAUGUUCUUUUAUGUUUGGUGUCUUCUUUUCUUUGCUCUAUUACAAUUUUCAGCUAACAGAAGAACAUUUUCCCUUUAUUCUUCCUCUGUUACACAGUGACAGGUUAUUAAAUUUAUAUGUAUUCUGAGGUGAAAACUGCUAUGGCAGUUUAAAAUUUCUUCUUUAUACAUUUUGAGUCUUUUAUUGGCGGAGGACAGGUAAAUAAAUUGUUUGGCUUCUUUAAAGUUCCUCACCUUCCUGCCUUACCCUACCCCCGUGAGAAAAUUGGCAUUAUUCUACUUUGCUGCAGAAUUGGCUAAUGUCAUUUUAUAGGGACCUUUCACUUUUGUGAUUCUCCUUCCUUCCCUACCAGGAAAGAAUGCAAUACUUAAGUCACACUGCUUCCAAGACAUCUGAUGCUUUCACAGUCUUCCUUAGCACAACUCUGUUAAGCCCAAAUUUCUUCUUGUAAAGAUUCUCAUGGGGCAGCAGUGGUUACAGGUGCUACAGAUACAAAUAGGAGGGAACAAGGAUUUUGAGGCCCUUUAGAAAAGGGGUGAGUUGAGGGGAUCCUAGUUGCUGCAGAGGGGAAAGGUAUGUCAGUGAUUAUGAAUGUAAUUGGUGGGGGGAGAAAACGACGAAUUAUAGCAGUGGUGUCCCUGUUGAGGAAAUUAAGAAGCAGAAGAAGUGGGGAGACUGUUUUCAGUUUCAGUGUCUUAAUUUCAAUUGUUUUCUUUUGGAGACCUGUGUUGAAGCACCUUCAUUCCCUCUAAAGUACUGGUAUCAUAUCUAAAGUUGUCAUUAACUGGAUUCUAUAAUUAAAAACAAAUAAUACAGUGGAGUUUUCUCUAUUUAUGCCCUUAUAAUGUUUCUAGGUUUAUUCUGUUGAUGCUUAGUAACAUGAUGAAAAACUGAGCAGUUGUGCUCUCUGAGUUUGUGGGUUGGGGGUUUGUUUUGUUUUGAGGGAAGUACUUAAGCCAAUUUAAAUAUGACUGAGGAUUAAGUCUGGCAGGCAACUCUUUGUAUUUUGUAUUAGACUUCAAAAUCUUUUCUUCUUCUUCUUCUUCUUUUUUUUUUAAAUCCAGGAGAAUGCUUUAUUGCAACUUUUAGCUGACUAGAUGCUUAACUUAGUAACAAGUUUAGCCCUUGUAACUGGCUAGCUAAAAGCAAAUCGGCUUGUUUCUCAGAUCUUUGGGGGAUAGCAAGAAACAUUUGAGUGAAUGUUGUUGAAGAUUUUCAGUAGUAUAGAAAAUGAUGGCGCUCUUGUGAUAUUUGUAAGUACAAGCAAGGAUUUGGCACAGACAUCCUAUUUCAUGGCUACCAACAGUCUACAUCUUACCACCUUCUGUCUUCAGUACAAACCAACAGUGAUAGCGUGUGUAUGCAUUCAUUUGGCUUGCAAAUGGUCCAAUUGGGAGAUUCCUGUGUCAACUGAUGGAAAACAUUGGUGGGAAUAUGUGGAUCCUACAGUUACUUUAGAGUUAUUAGAUGAGCUAACACAUGAGUUUCUACAGAUAUUGGAGAAAACGCCUAGUAGGUUGAAGAGGAUUCGAAACUGGAGGGCCAAUCAGGCGGCUAAGAAGCCAAAAGUAGAUGGACAAGUAUCGGAAACGCCACUCCUUGGUUCAUCUUUGGUCCAGAAUUCUAUUUUAGUAGAUACUGUUAGUGGCGUGUCUGCAAACCCAAGUUUUCAGAAACCGUCUACAUCAGCAUUCCCUGCACCAGUACCUCUAAAUUCAGGAAAUAUUUCUGUUCAAGACAGCCAUACAUCUGAUAAUUUGUCAGUGCUAACAACAGGAAUGCCAAGUACCUCAUACAGUUUGUCAUCGCACCAAGAAUGGCCUCAACACCAAGAAUCAGCAAGGACAGAACAGAUAUAUUCACAGAAACAGGAGACAUCUUUGUCUGGUAGCCAGUACAACAUUAACUUCCAGCAGGGACCUUCUAUAUCACUGCAUUCAGGAUUACAUCACAGACCUGACAAAAUAUCUGAUCAUUCUUCUAUUAAGCAAGAAUAUACACAUAAAGCAGGGAGCAGUAAGCACCAUGGACCAAUUUCUGCUACUCCUGGAGUUAUCCCUCAGAAAAUGUCUUUAGAUAAAUACAGAGAAAAACGCAAGCUAGAAACCCUCGAUCUGGAUGUCAGGGAUCAUUAUAUAGCUGCCCAAGUCGAACAGCAACACAAACAUGUGCAGUCACAGGCAACCAGCAGCAGUUCUGUAACUUCUCCCAUUAAAAUGAAAAUUCCCAUCACAAAUGCAGAAAAACCUGAAAAAUAUAUGGCAGACAAGAAGGAAAAAAGUGGAUCACUGAAAUUACGGAUUCCAUUACCACCCACUGAUAAAAGUGCCAGUAAAGAAGAACUGAAAAUGAAAAUAAAAGUUUCUUCCUCAGAAAGACACAGCUCUUCUGAUGAAGGCAGUGGGAAGAGCAAGCACUCCAGUCCACAUAUUAGCAGAGACCACAAAGAGAAGCACAAGGAACAUCCUUCAAACCGCCACCACCCCAGCAGUCACAAGCAUUCCCACUCACAUAGUGGCGGCAGCAGUGGUGGCAGUAAACACAGUGCUGAUGGAAUACCACCCACUGUUCUGAGGAGUCCUGUUGGCCUGAGCAGUGAUGGCAUUUCCUCUAGUUCCAGCUCUUCAAGGAAGAGGCUGCAUAUCAAUGAUGCAUCUCACAACCAUCACUCCAAAAUGAUCAAAGGUUCCAAAAGUUCAGGUAGUUCAUCUAGUUCUUCCUCCUCUGUUAAGCAGUAUAUAUCCUCUCACAACUCUGUUUUUAACCAUCCCUUACCCCCUCCUCCCCCUGUCACAUACCAGGUGGGCUACGGACAUCUCAGCACCCUCGUGAAACUGGACAAGAAGCCAGUGGAGACCAACGGUCCUGAUGUCAAUCACGAGUACAGUACAAACAGCCAGCAUAUGGACUACAAAGACACAUACGACAUGCUGGACUCGCUGUUAAGUGCCCAAGGAAUGAACAUGUAAUCAUUUGUUUAGGUCAAUUUUUCCUUUACUUUUUUAAUUUAAAAAUUGUUAGAAUGGAAUCCUUCUGAUAUAGCAGUGGUAACACCUGCUAUUGCUGCCACUGUUUCAAUAUUUGUAAGUGCUGCUUUAUUCUUCAGUCUGAAAAGAAGAGAUUAUAGUAAACAAGUCUUUAUCUCCACAUAUGAUAGUGUUAUAAAUACUGUAAAAGCAUGGAAGGUGCAAAACUCAGUAUUUCUACAAUCGCAGCUAAGAACAUUUAAGAUGAAUGGCUGGCUGCUUCUAGGAAUAUAAGAUGCCUCAAGCAUUUGUUAUUUAUAAUUUGAUUACUGUAGCUAUAUUUUUUUGUUGCUUGGCUUUUGAAUGAGUGUAAAUUGUUUUCUUUUGUGUAUUUAUACUUGUAUGUAUGACUUGCAUGUUUCAAUGUUAAAGGGAUAAAACAGUAUACUGAAAACUGUUUACAAGAAAGUGGAGACAAAUGUACAUACAUUUUUGUAUGUUUAGAUAUUACCAUAAAUACUCAGGAUUGGAGCUGCUUGUAAGUAUAACAAUAUACAGAAUAACUUUAUUUUAUCUUGUCAGAGUCCAUCACUAAUCUAAAACAAAGGUGGCACUUUUUCAUGUUAACCUUAAACUCUAGGCCUUACUGGAAGCCUCUGAAGGGGGACACGUCACUACCAUAUGGCUAUGCAGUGCCACAGAUGGUCGUUUACACUGCGAGGCACUGAACUUUUGCCUUCAGAGGUUCUGACCAGAUUGGCUGCUGAAAUAGCCCCUAAUUUUCUAAAGGCUUGAAGAGGAAAAAAUAAAGUUUACAUACUUUGGAUGUGAAGUGCAGUUAAAUGUUUGUUGGUUUGUUACAGUACUAUUACACAGAGCUGUUAAUAAUGGUAAUGCAGAUUACUGUGAUUUGAAAACUAAAUUCACAAAACGUACAUAGUGAAAAAUUAGUUAGUUUUUUCUUAAAUAAAGAACUUUAACACUACGUAAUUUAACAGUAAACGAGAAUCGUGUUUCCUUUAGCAAUCAGGAUGACACCAUAUUCUUAAACAUACUCCUCCCCUAAAGUGUGUUUGUGUGUGAUGCCAUAUUUCUUUUUCAGGUAAAUGCAGUCUUCCUUAUAAAAAUAAAAUUAAACCUAUUGCUCUAUCAGUUCUUUUAUAUUCUAACAAUAAAUUAAAAAAAGAUCACUGACUGUGCAUUGUACCUGUAUUUAUAGCUUAUCAGGAACCUCUGAGGAAAAAAUAUUUAAAAAAGGUCAGCCUCCAGGUAAACAGCUGGUGGAGGUUUUACCUUUGUUUGCACAUCUCAGUGUAUUCCUGUUGAGGUCAAAUUGGCACAGUCAUGUGACUUCUGAAUAAACGAUAGACAUUAACUUGUUUAAAUUUUGUCUUAAACACCAGUAAUAGGCUUUGGUUUAUCAGCGAGUCUUGUAUUCUGUGGUAAAUCUUUGAGCUGUUGAGUAUCUUUGAGAUGGGUUGAAUUCAACUUCUGUUGAACUGAAAGCUGUCUUAACUUUCCCUCUAUGUAUAUGAAUUAUUAUUGUUAAAAAAGCCACUGAUAUGUGCACAAUUGUAAUUUUACUCGAGUAUGUUGCAGUUGUAAAUAUUAGAGUUUAAUCUUGUGCUCUACUUUUAUUUAGAAAUUAACCUACUUUGCGAGUAGCUUUAUAAUUUUAUAAAGAUAAUUGUUCGUUAUUUUGUCAAUGUUAUUUGAAUUUAAGAUAAUAGGAGCCUCUUUCUAAGGACUUUGCCUAGCUAGCAUGUCCUAACAUUUGUUCUUGUCUUGCAUAACUUUAGUAAUCUUUGUCAUUAUGUGUAACUUUAUUGUUCUGUAUGGCAUAUUAUUGUAUCCACAAACCUGAUAAUUUCGAUACAGUUAUACUUUGACAGUGGUACAUAAUCCAAGAACUAGUAUAGAUAGAAUUAAGCUGAGGGCAAAAUGAGGGAGGGAAGGGUUUUGUUCUUGGUAAUUUAGAUGUGAAACCUCUAAGGAGCUAUCAUGUGAAACUACAUAGGGUGGUUGUGCUACUGUAUACUUAGGGAUGAUAAUACCAGGAAUUUUAAUAAGAUUUUGUAAAAAAAUAUCCAGAAAAUUAGUGAACUUAUUUUCAAUAUGACAGAAAAAAAUGUGAAUAUUUAAGGUCUGUGACUAUACUUAAACUUUCACAAAGAAUUUGCAGAAUUGUUUUGAGAUGUGGGAAUAAAGGUAAUUUUUGUUGAAUCUUUAUUGGUGCUAAUGAUGGACAGUUAAAAGGUAGCUAGUGUAUAUUGUUAUGGGUCAGUACUUAUUAGUACUUCCAAAAUGGAAUUUGAAUUGCUAUGUAUACACUUUUCAUUCUGUAAAUGUAAAUCUUUACAAUGACUUUAUUUAUUAAAGGGCAGCCAGUUGUAAUUUUUACAGGAUUGUGUGAGCUAUUCAGACUCUUUAACCUCUGAACAGGAUAUUAGCUUCCAAAACCACAAUGGGGAUAAAUAUGAAAAUCCUUUUAAGUUUUGAUUCCAUUCAGUGAAAAUCCUUAUAAUUCAUAUUACCAUGAAUUUGCUCUAGCCAUCUCAUUUGCAUAAAUAGUUCAUCAGCCUGGUCCCAAUAGGCUCAACCAAAGAAAAAGACUCCAGUGAAUGGACAUUGUUACUGAGUCUUCCUGUAAGUAGCCAUAAACCAAAAUAGUAUCAUCAAAUUUAGGUAUGAAAUUUCACAUGUGCAAAGUACUGUUAAGGUGAAACAUUUUUGAUGAGAUUUUUAAAAUAUUUGAAAUAUUAAAAAGCAUUAUCUUUAAACAGCCUAUAAAAGAGUGAUUCAUUUUUUAGUUGUGUUUUCCCCAGAUCAUGGAUCUGUGACCUUUAUGCAGAAGCACAUUGCAAACAAAGUCUUUACUUCUACCUCUUUCAACUAAUUUUCUAAUAUUGAUCUGUACCCCUAAAUAUUUGCCUUAGGUACCUUAAAAUACAGUAUUUUCAGAACCAAAGCAAAGGAGUAUCUUUUCACAGAAAUAUUCUUGGAAGCCUACUUUACAAAACUGGUGGUAGUAUUCCUUACUGAGACCUUGCAAAGUUCCUAGUUCCUUUUUCUUGUUUAACCUGAGGUUCAUUUCUGUCGCAGGUAUUUAAAUAUUGAAAAGUCAUGUAUAUAUCACCCCUAGGUUUAUCUUUGGAUGUAUUUAUAGAUGCAUCUGGCUCUUCCUACGAGUAGCAGUUCAUUCUGGUUAGAGUUCUGGUUAGAGUCAGAAAAUUUCUGUCAUGAUACUUGGUUUCAUGAGAGUUGCUCACAUUAUUUUCUAUUAACAGAUUAUGAUUAUGCAGUGUUAAAAACUUUCAAGGCUGAAAGUUUUUCUGAAAGAAAGGGCUAGUCAGAGCAAAAUCCAGGUCCUGGGGCAUUUGUCUAAACCCCAGCAGUGGGCUGGAUGGAAAAGACACAUGCCGCCAUCUUGGGGUCGAUAGGGCUCUUUCAUACGCAGAGUCUGAGAAAGAAGGAUGUAAGCUUUCACUAAGAAAUUUACAUUGGCUCUAAAUAAAAGGAUCUGGAAACAUGAGGACAGUUGUAGGAUAUGCUCUUGUGUUGGUUGUGGGCAGGAGUCUGGAAUAUUCACGUGUGAACUAGGUGAGGCAUCAUCUGGUGAUAGCCGUUCUGUCUAAAUAAUCGCAGGAAUAGCUACCUGGAAUUUAAAGUUUUGACAUACAUUCAGGAAUGUGAACAGUCUUUUCUUGGUUUUGACUCGAGGCUCUGUUAACUGAUAUUUUUUUCUGUCUCUCCCACACUCUGACUUGCUGUGAUUUAAUUUAGAACAUCAGAGUUUUUCUCUUGUCAGUAGAAUACCUUAAUUUUUGGCCUGUCUAUCCCCUUAGAACUAAAGAAAUGACUAGUUGGGGUCUACUUAAGAUAACCAAAUAAUUUUUUUUUGCCUUGCUUUGCCUUAAAAGCAUUCAAAGCACAUUUUUUUGUUAUGUUUGAUAAUUUAAAUUGCUGGGGUUUUCCCCUCAGCCAACUGUAGAAAUAAACCACUGCUUACGUGUGAAUGAAUGUUAUGUACUCUUUAAGUACCCUUGGUUAAUUAGAUAUUUCAAGGCUUUGUAUUUACUAAUGAAAUAAGGAUUUUUUUUAAACAUGGUAUUCAUCUGUAAAGGAAGAUAGUUCUCAAGAUAUCUUACCAUUCCCAAAUUUUAUCUAAACAGAAAGUGUUUCUCACCUAGUACCAUGCUUAAAUUGCUAGCUAAUUUCUGUAGAUACCUUGCUGUUUCGUGUGCCCAUUUGUUUAUAAUGGACUGGUUUAGACAGGUAUUUACAUCGGAAAAGCAGCACAUUCUUUCCCUGGCUGAGUAGGGUGCCAAGUUACUGUACAAAUUUCUAAUUCAUUUG